AUGGUUAAAGAAAAAGUUAGUGAAUCAAAUCCGGUUGUCAAACUCCGUUUCCCCACAAGAAAUCAGAAGAAAGAGAAACAUGAUAAGAACUUCAAUAAAUUCUUGGAGAUGUUCAAAAAGCUUGAGAUUAACAUUCCGUUCUUGGAGGCACUUGAACAAAUGCCCUCUUAUGCCAAAUUUAUGAAGGAUAUUAUGUCAAAAAAGAGGAGCACCGACACUGACCCUAUUGUACUAACUGAAACUUGUAGUGCAAUUUUGAAGGGUAUGAAUAUUCCAGUGAAGAAGAAAGAUCGAGGCUCGGUAACUAUCCCUUGCAUUAUCGGGGAUAGAUCUUUCAAAAAGGCCCUUAUAGACUUUGGGGAAAGUGUGAGUCUCAUGCCGUUAUCCAUUUACAAGAGGUUGGGGAUUGGAAAAGUGCAAGAUACCAAAGUGACACUUCAAUUUCCUGACCAUUUUGUGAAGAGACCUUAUGCAGUGGUGGAAGAUGUUCUUGUGAAGAUUGAUAAGUUUUUAUUUUCGGUGGACUUUGUCAUCUUAGAAAUGCCGGAAGAUGAAGAGAUACCACUCAUUCUCGGUAGACCAUUUUUUGAGACCGGAAGAUGUUUGAUAGAUAUAGAAGAGGGCACCCUGACUCUAAAAGUUUAUGAUGAAGAGUUGAAAAUUGUGUGCGUAAUUGGGCCCGCUAGCCGUAUUACCAACGUGUUACCACAAAAUAUUCCUAAGGCAGGUUGA